UUGCCGGACAAUGCAACAUUCCACCUUUGGAUGAGGGAAUGUCCUACACCCAGGUUUCUGCAGGAUGGUAUCACACAGUGCUUCUCCCGAAAUGAUGGCAGCGCUGUGGCUUGCGGACACAAUUUUGCUGGACAAUGCAACAUUCCUCCUUUGGAUGAGGGAAUGUCCUACACCCAGGUUUCUGCAGGAUGGUAUCACACAGUGCUUCUCCCGAAAUGAUGGCAGCGCAGUCGCUUGCAGACAAGAUGUUGCCGGACAAUGCAACAUUCCACCUUUGGAUGAGGGAAUGUCCUACACCCAGGUUUCUGCAGGAUGGUAUCAUACGGUGCUUCUCCCGAAAUGAUGGCAGCGCUGUGGCUUGCGGACACAAUUUUGCUGGACAAUGCAACAUUCCUCCUUUAGAUGAGGGAAUGUCCUACACCCAGGUUUCUGCAGGAUGGUAUCAUACGGUGCUUCUCCCGAAAUGAUGGCAGCGCUGUGGCUUGCGGACACAAUUUUGCUUUCUGCAGGAGGUCAUCAUAAAGUGCUUCUCCGAAGUGAUGGUAGUGCAAUCGCUUGCGGAAGGAAUGUUUACAACCAAUGCGACAUUCCACCUUUGAAUGAUGAGGGCAUAGCCUACACCCAAGUUUCUGCAGGCGAGCUUCAAACAGCGCUUCUUCGAAGUGAUGGCAGUGCUGUUGCUUGUGGACGGAAUGAUGAUCAUGGAGUUUGUCAUGGACGAUGCAACAUGCCACCUUUGGAUGGGGGAAUCUCAUAUGUUCAGGUUGCUGCAGGAGAGCGUUGCACCGUGCUUCUCCGAAGUGAUGGUGGGUGCUGUUGCUUGCGGAAGGAACACGCAUGGGCAGUGCAACAUUCCAUCUAAAGACUUGGCGUGAGUACUUGUCUUUUGCAACCUCGCUAUGUUUGUGAAUUACACGCCACUUGCUAAAGACGAUGUUUUGCAACUGAGUGCUGUUUUCGAAGAUGCUGCAAGCCGUGCUGACAUGCUGGGACUUGGCUGGGCAUGAGGCCUUGCGCUUCAGGGCUGGUGUGUCUGACCUGGUCUUGGAUACGCAUUCUGCCCAUUGCGCGUGACCUUAAGCGUAACCUCCAAAGUCUUCGAGUGGUCUUGCCCGAUGGACAGUUGUUGGCCUCGAUUUGCAGUGCCAACCCAUUGGCCAUGCUAGUGGAUGUGAACGGGGCCAUAGCCCAGGACCAGCAGAUCAUCAGCUCGUGCA